UGUUGAUUGCCGCGCUCGCCCCGGCCACGGCGCCGCCCUGCUCUACCUCUACCUCGGGGCAGACGGACUGACGGCCAGCACCGCCGGCUCCAGGAUGGGUGCGCUGACUGCAGUAUUCUGAAGUCUCAGGAAGCUGGUGCAGUUAAAUGUUCAUGGCCCAUGAGAAAGGCGUGUAGGAAACCAUGGCACUACCCUUUCAAAAAGACCUGGAGAAAUACAAGAACAUUGAUGAAGAUGAGCUUCUUGGCAAACUCUCAGAAGACGAACUGAAACAGUUGGAAAAUGUUCUUGAUGACCUAGAUCCCGAGAGCGCACUGCUGCCAGCUGGAUUUCGACAGAAAGACCAGACACAGAAAGCAGCCACCGGCCCGUUUGACCGCGAGCACCUCCUCAUGUACCUGGAGAAGGAGGCUUUAGAACAGAAAGACAGGGAAGACUUUGUGCCCUUCACUGGAGAAAAGAAAGGGAGAGUCUUUAUCCCCAAAGAAAAGCCCAUAGAAACUCGUAAAGAAGAAAAAGUGACCCUUGACCCGGAACUGGAAGAAGCUUUGGCCAGCGCCUCCGACACUGAACUCUACGAUCUUGCAGCUGUUCUUGGAGUACACAAUUUGCUCAACAAUCCCAAGUUUGAUGAAGAAACAGCCAGCACGAAAGGCGGCAAAGGGCCUGUGAGAAAUGUGGUCAAAGGUGAGAAGGUCAAGCCAGUAUUUGAGGAACCACCCAAUCCCACAAAUGUGGAAGUAAGUCUGCAGCAGAUGAAAGCCAAUGACCCCAUCCUGCAAGAGGUCAACCUCAACAACAUUAAGAACAUUCCAAUUCCAACCCUGAAGGAAUUUGCAAAGGCUCUGGAGACCAAUACUCACGUGAAGAAGUUCAGCCUGGCCGCAACUCGCAGCAAUGACCCUGUGGCGAUUGCUUUUGCAGAUAUGCUAAAAGUAAACAAGACCUUGAAAAGUCUAAACAUAGAAUCCAAUUUUAUCACUGGUACUGGGAUCCUGGCCCUUGUAGAGGCACUCAAAGAAAAUGACACCUUGACAGAGAUCAAGAUCGACAACCAGAGACAGCAGUUGGGAACAGCCGUAGAGAUGGAAAUUGCCCAGAUGCUCGAGGAGAAUUCAAGGAUCCUCAAGUUUGGAUAUCAGUUUACCAAGCAAGGACCACGAACAAGAGUGGCAGCUGCCAUCACAAAGAAUAAUGACCUGGUUCGUAAAAAGCGAGUUGAAGGAGACCGAAGAUAAACUUCCAUAAGAAGAGAAAGUUUCACUAUGGUGGC